CGGACACCCGACCAUCUUCCCUUGCCGGCGCGCAAUUUCAACGACAUCACCUACCUCAUAAAUAUUCCCUCCUCGUCCUCAAUUAAUAUUUCGGUGACAGCUUCAAGAUGGCCGCCUUCGUCAAAGCAGCCAACGCCAAGAUUCGGUCGAAUCCGACUCUGAACUACCUCUGUUCGACGCAUUUCUGGGGACCGGCGUCGAACUUCGGUAUUCCCGUUGCCGCUGUGAUGGAUGCGCAGAAAUCACCUGAGCUAAUUUCCGGUUCAAUGACAGGAGCUCUCUGCAUCUACUCAGCGACCUUUAUGCGAUACGCCCUCGCCGUGACGCCUAAGAAUUAUCUCCUCUUCCUGUGCCAUUUCAUCAACGAGGGUUCACAAUUAACACAAGGUUACCGAUACCUCAAAUGGCAUCAUUUGGGUGGCAAAGAGCAGGCUCGUGCCCAGGGCGCCGUAGAAGGAGCCAAGGAAAAGGCUGCCGCAGCCGGUGAUAAGGCUAAGGAGGUCGCCUCAAAAUAAGCUAUUCCAUAUAUCUGGGGUGUUCAUGGCGUCAACUGUCUCUUAUGGAACCUGUCACCGGUGAUAUUAUGCGUUCGACUAGAAAGCCCGCAUGUUUGCGUUCACAGUAAACCCGACCAUUCGGUAGAGGGAUAUGGCGAGAGGAAAUUGGUCUAGAUAGGGCCGGACCUUCAUUGGGGAGGAGCUGCAACAAUUGUAUUUCUAUUGCAUCGAAAGGGGUUUGAGGUCAUUCUCGCGAUAGCUCAUUAGAAUUCAAAUUCUGUUGAUUCCAGUUAUAUCAGCACACGAAUAGAUCAUUAAAGAAGGAUAAUCGUAUGUUAUCCAGCCAUCCUCUUACUUAAAGAUGUUUCUGAAUAUCUGA